AGCAACCGAUCUGAAAGGUAGACUUAUACAAUCAGUGAGAAAAAUUCAAGAAACUGUACUAAUGCAAUCGCGAACAGUCGUUUCCAAACGAAUGCUCAGAAGCCCUGGUGUUUCACAAGACCCAGCAAAGAGAAAUGUUAGUCUUCUUUUACCUAUAAAUUAUGUAGAACCUGUAAAAAUAUUGCCAUUUUCUGACAUAAGCAAUACAUGUAUGCAGCCAGUUGCCAAUCCAGUUAUCAAAAAACCAGUUAGAAGGUCAUUAGCAUUACCUAGCACAAGUACCCCAGCUGUCCUUAGUGGAGAAGUAGAGUUUUUUUUUUACAGUUUCAUUUUACUGCUGGCAAGAAGUCUAGCAGUUGAUAAAUGUGAUAAAUGACCAUUCAAACAUGAAAGAAAACUUGGAUCACUCUUUCAUAUCCAAGUGGAAAGAGGACUCAUCUUGUGAGGAAUGAGCUUCACCAGUCAAUGUGCAAGGCCAUUUGCAGGUCAGAAAAUGUGGAACAGACAGUCCUCUGUUUAUUGGUAAAGGAAAAUCCCAGAGUAGUUGUAAAUGCUGCAGCAAAAAUUGUAUCGGAAGAAUCCAGAGAACUAUGUAAACAGAACUCAAAUUCUCUCUUAAGAAUGAAAGAUCAGGAGAGUCUUAUGUCCUUCACAUGGGACAAAUUUAAUAAAGAACUGGAAAUCCGGGCCCCAAAUUUAUUAAGAGUUGUAAGUUCAAUUGUGAGUGAUAUUCCUACAGUAAUUGGAGAGAAGAAAUACAUGAAUAUCCUACACACUGUUGCAUCAGGUCUCCAUGGGCGUAGUAUGGAAAUGUCAGGACUUCACUACAGCAUAGCUUUUGUCCUUGUUCAUGGAGGAUGUACGCUUAGGGAUAUCGAUAGACUUGCCAAAAUUGGACUGUGUGUUUCUUCAAGUUCUGUCCAUAAGAAGCUGUCUUCAUGGAAAGAUAGCUUAGACGAAGCAGUGAUAAAGUUACGUACAGAUUGGGAAAAUGGUGGGCGCAUCAAAUACCAGUUGGUUGGUGAUAACUGGGACAAAAAUAUACUUCCAUCAUUCAGAACAUCCCAGCAGACAACAACGUCACUACAUUUGUUCAACACCAUUGCAGUAGUGGAUAGGGUUGUGCCAGUGCCUUAUGAUGUGCCAAAUAUGGAUGCAAACAGUGAUAUUGAUGCCGAUCGCUUUGUACCAUCUGUUGAGGAGCAAAAGUUGCUCAUGGAUGAAUUAGUGUUCAUUGUUGCAUCAUCUGUAAUCAGCAAUGUACCACAGAUGAGAGACAUAUUUGGAAAAAUUUACCCAAAGCAUCUUCAUCAUGAAUUUAGUGACCAAGCUGGAGAAAAAACAAAACAGUAUCCUCUGGGCCUUACAGACUGCAAUGAGAAUAAAACUGCAGAAGUGAUUAAGAUGUUAGGAGAAUUUCAACACAAGUAUGUUCCAUUCAAGAAUGAUGAAAUUCACGAACCAGUUUUUUUUGGUGGUGAUAGACUGACGGACGAAAGAAUUCAAUCAGCCCAACAAGCAAUGCUGAAUGCAGAAUCCCCAGCAGGGAGGCUUGAAGGCUUUAUUUCUAAGAUUGAGGACUUUCAUAGGCUGAUGAAUUUUUUAGAGGCCAUCGCAAAGUUGACCUACAGCACAGAUUCUGCCAGUGACCCAGGCACAAUGUUCUACUUUAGAAACAAGUUGAAUGCUAGAAAUGUUAAAGGCAAAGUGCGUGAUUCAUACAGGGCGCAUAAAUACUUAUAUUAUACUGUUCUGGAUGCUCUUUGUUGCGUGAUGUUUCUGGAUGAAUUUGACGUUGUGAACUUUGAUGACGUAAUACCCCUCCCUGAAAAUGUCUGUGACAAAUCGGAUGAUGAAAAAAUCGCUUGGAUAAAUGAAAUUUGUAAGAAUAUACUGAGAAAACACUUCUUCAAUGAAUGUGAUGAUUUGAUGGAAACAUUAAGAGAAAUUCUCAAUGAUCCUAAUCAUCCAGAAAACUAUUGGAUUUCCAAUGUAAAUGAUGGUCGUGUACAAUGCCACUUUUGUGAACGAUCAUAUGCCUAUGUAGGUUCACUAAAAGUACAUGAAGAAACCAAACAUAAUGCGAAUGUCCCACCAGUGGUCAAACCAAAAACAUCGAGAGGAAGUGAAAGUGAUGAUGUUGAAAGCUAUUGCAAUGUGUUGUUCAAAUUAACUUUGUUGCACAAAAACUUGGAUAGUGCUGUGGAUAUGGCUGAUGGAAACAGGAGUGUUCGAUCUGCUAAAUAUGAACUACCUGUGUACAAUUUAACUAACAAAACCAAAUAUGCUAUCGGUUCAAUCCAUUUGAUUGCAUUAACAGAGGGCAUUCUAUCAGCUGACCAACGAGUGCGACUGACAGCAAAUAGGUUCAUAAAUUUACAUGGAGGAGUCAACAAUAAUAUGGCGUUAGAUGAGUAUGUAGAACUCUUAAACCGCGACAGUAAAAUUGCCUGCUCAGGUUUCCAGACCAAAGACAGUAUUUUGUACCACUCUAAGGAGUUCCCAAUGGUUGUGAACUUUGUGAAACAUCAUGACUCAAUUUGUGACGUAACACAACGAAAAGGGUUUCAUCAUCUGCCCUCUUAUUUGGAAGAUGUGAAGAAAAUUGCCGUUGAACUUGCAGAAAUGAAAGCUAUUAAACAUGUAAAUGGUAGAAAAUUAAAAUGUAAAUCCUUGACCUCUACAGGGAAAGACUUAUUUGACAAAUGCUUCCAGCAUUUAGGAACACUGAUUUUCAAACAUAAACCUUUGUAUGCAUAUCACAGACUUGGAAAUAAAAAGAUGUAAAUGUU